AUGAAUUCUUUCGCAACUGCAAAUCUUCCCCAAAUCGACGCAGAGAUAAAAAUUCAUUGUGUUUUUCAUUUUGGAAAUUUGGAGGAACUUUUUAAUGCGCGUGAAGCUGUCAGACCUCAACACCCGAAGGCUUUCUUCAUACCAUCUUCUUAUCAAGCCCUAGUUCCUGACUGUCAGUUUGAACCAGUUGGGACAUCAUGGUAG